AUGGGAGAGCUUUGCGUUCGCUCCGUUCUGGUGACUGGGGCCAACCGGGGAAUCGGCCUGGGGCUUGUCCGGCAGUUCCUGGGGAUGCCAAACCCACCCGAGUGGGUCUUUGCAGCUUGUCGGGACCCCAAGGGACAGCGAGCGCAGGAGUUACAGAAUUUGGCCUCCAGGCACCCCAACCUGGUCAUCAUCCCACUCAAAGUCACCGACCCCGCCAGCAUCAAGGCGGCUGCAGCCAGAGUCGGGGAGCACCUGGGGGGCUCGGGGCUGAACCUCCUCAUCAACAAUGCUGGAAUCGCCACGUGGAACUCACUUGAUAAUGAGACGUUGGAGGACAUGAUCCAGCUUUACACCAACAACACGAUUGGGCCCCUGCUGCUGGGCCAGGCGUUCCUGCCCUUGCUGAAGAAGGCUGCGCAGGGGAGCCCAGGCUCAGCGCUGAGCUGCAGCAAGGCAGCCAUCAUCAACAUGUCCAGCUAUGGGGGCUCCAUUGAGGAAGUCUAUUUAUGGAAUUAUGGACAAGUUGUCUCGUACCGCUGCAGCAAGGCUGCUCUGAACAUGCUGACCAAGUGCCAGUCCCUGGGGUACCGGGAACACGGCGUCCUCUGCGCUGCUCUCCACCCUGGCUGGGUGCAAACCGACAUGGGGGGCUCAGGAACACAUAAGCCCCCUGUGACGGUGGACGAGAGCGUGCAAGGGAUGCUGAAAGUGCUCUCGUCCCUCUCUGAGAGGGAAAGUGGGACCUUCCUGGACUGGAAGGGCAAGGUUGUGCCCUGGUGA